CCCUAAAAGAAAAGAAAAACCCCAAAACCAAAUUUUCUUUAAAAGAAUUUGUAGAGAGAUAGAGAGAGAGAGAAAACCACGGACAAAGAAAGAUAUUUUUAUUUUUCGUAUCGCCUUCUUCUUUUGUUCUUCCUCACAAAAUUAGGGUUUCUGCUUUGGUUACCCUGCACAUUCCCAUCGACGUUAUUCGCGAAUUUUGCUGUGGAUAGAGUGGAAAGCAGAUUGUAUUAUUCGUUUUGAUGUUGACGAAAGCUUUACGGUUAGAUUGAAUCGAUAAAAGUUUGUUUAUUUUUGGGAAUUUUGAAGGUGUUCGACAAAAAACCUGGUUCCGAAGGAGAAUUGAGGGGGGAAAAAGCUAAAACCAAGGGUUUCGUUUGAGUAUGCCAACUUCUUGGGCUGAUUCAGUUGCUGCAGCUGAAAACGCGGCUGCUGGUUCAUAUGUAGGGAAUUCAAAUUCUUUAGCCCCAAACCGAUCAACCUAUGUUCCUCCACAUCUCCGUAACAGACCUGGUAGCGCAGAGGCGGCACCACCACCAGCCACCGCCAACACUGGCUCUACUUCUGCUGUACCCGUUGUUGGUGGGGGAGCCCCCAACCGUUGGGCUGCUCCUGUUCCUGGUCCUAGAAACGACUUCAGGUCAGGGUACGGUGGUGGUGGUGGCGGUGGACGUGGCGGCGGCGGCGGUUGGAACAACAGGAGUGGUGGCUGGGACCGUGGAAGAGACCGUGAAGUUAACCCUUUUGGAGAUGAAGAAAACACUACUAGUGAACAAGACUUCUUAGAACAGGAGAACACUGGAAUCAACUUUGAUGCUUAUGAAGAUAUUCCAGUGGAGACAAGUGGUGAUAAUGUCCCACCUCCUGUGAACACUUUUGCUGAGAUUGAUUUAGGGGAAGCUUUAAAUUUAAACAUUAGGAGGUGCAAGUAUGUGAAGCCAACUCCUGUUCAAAGACAUGCCAUUCCAAUCUCUCUUGGUGGAAGGGAUUUAAUGGCUUGUGCUCAAACAGGGUCAGGAAAGACAGCUGCUUUUUGUUUUCCAAUCAUCAGUGGGAUAAUGAGAGGGCAAUUUGGUCAAAGAGCUCCACGAAUGCCACGUACAGCAUGUCCACUUGCUCUUAUUCUCUCCCCUACACGGGAACUAUCAUGUCAAAUUCAUGAAGAAGCUAGGAAGUUUGCUUAUCAAACUGGAGUAAAAGUUGUGGUUGCUUAUGGUGGUGCCCCAAUAAAUCAACAGCUUCGAGAGCUAGAGAGGGGCGUUGACAUUCUUGUUGCUACCCCUGGGAGAUUGGUUGACCUUCUAGAAAGGGCAAGAGUGUCAUUACAGUUUAUCAGAUAUUUAGCUUUGGAUGAAGCUGAUAGAAUGCUUGAUAUGGGAUUCGAACCACAAAUCAGGAAAAUUGUCCAACAAAUGGACAUGCCCCCGCCAGGUGUCAGACAAACAAUGCUUUUCAGUGCCACUUUCCCCAAAGAGAUUCAGAGAUUGGCUUCUGAUUUUCUUGCAAACUACAUAUUUUUGGCUGUGGGAAGAGUUGGAUCAAGUACUGAUUUGAUUGUGCAAAGAGUUGAAUAUGUACAAGAAAGUGACAAAAGAAGCCAUCUUAUGGACCUUCUUCAUGCCCAAAGGGCCAAUGGUACUCAUGGAAAGCAAGCUCUUACAUUGGUAUUUGUGGAGACAAAAAAAGGAGCUGAUUCAUUGGAAUAUUGGUUAUGCAUGAAUGGCUUCCCUGCAACCACUAUUCAUGGUGAUAGAACACAACAGGAACGCGAACAAGCAUUAAGAUCAUUCAAAAGCGGAAACACACCAAUCCUAGUGGCAACAGACGUAGCAGCACGUGGACUCGACAUCCCACACGUGGCCCACGUGGUCAACUUUGACCUCCCAAACGACAUCGACGAUUACGUCCACCGAAUCGGAAGAACCGGCCGCGCCGGAAAAUCCGGUCUCGCCACCGCCUUCUUCAACGACAACAACUCCUCCAUGGCCCGCCCCCUCUCCGACCUCAUGCAAGAAGCCAACCAAGAAGUCCCCGCCUGGCUCGCUCGCUACGCCGCCCGCGCUUCCUACGGCGGCGGCAAGAACCGCCGCGGUGGCGGUGGCCGCUUCGGCGGUCGCGAUUUCCGGCGAGACUCCAAUUUCAACCGCGGCGGUGGUGGAGAUUAUUAUGGCGGCGGAGGCGGCGGGAACAUGAACAGCUACGGUGGAGCUUAUGGUGGCGGAUAUGGUGGCGGCGGCGGCGGGUAUGGUGGUGGUGGUGGUGGUUAUAAUCCCGGUGUUGCGAGUGCUUGGGAUUAAUAUUAAUAUUAUUAUUAUGAUUAUUAUUAUUAUAAUAGUUGUUUUUGGUGUAAUUUACUUUUUUUAACCCUUGAUGGGUGAAGUUGGGUUUAGAGGAUAGUUGGUCUUCUUCUGCUAACAGAGUAGGGUUAAAAUUUGGUGGUUGAUGGGUUGUGGUGGGUGGGUGAUGACGUGGCAUGUAUACGAUGAUGAUAAAAACGUAUUUUUAUUUUUUUUAUUUUCUGCAACCCGAGUUGAGGGUCUGUAGAUUAUUUGCGGCUUUUGUGUUGCUAUUUUUCUGCAGAGCCUUGUUUAUCGUUUAAAAAAUGAAAGUGUGCUUGUUUUUAAA